CAUGCACUUUCUCACACGAAUAUCGAAAAAAUCCCGUUGAUUUUUUUCGAUAUCCACAUCACCUCGAAAGGAGGGAAAUGUAUCAACGGCAUCAACUGCUGGCGCAGUAACCGCGCGCUGCUCUUUUUCUCCCAAUAAAAUGACGUGGAGAUAGUUUUUCGUAGAAUCUCAAGAUACUUCAUUUAAAUUUUCGAAUACAAAUCGCACAAAUGUGCUGUUCAUAGAGUGAUACCAAGUGCAAUCAUUAACCAUAAAUAGUAAAAAUUAGAAAAAUAAUUCAAAAAUAAUGGAACUGAUAUCAGAAUAUUUGGAAUCCUACGAAGGGCGUGAUAAAUUUUUGAGGACACUGUCCUACGCUGCAAAAUUGGCGACUGUCUUCCCAAAGUCAAAUGACACUGCAAGUAAAUUUAAAUACUUCGGCAGCCAAAUGAGCGGUUGCAGGGUUAUGUUGCGUCUCCUAGACGACAUACCAUCGCUGCAUUAUGCUUUAACGUAUGGUUCGGGCAGGCAGGAGCCUGACCAGAUGAUCAGAUGGCUGGAGAUCAUCCAGAAUGUUAUUGACGUUGUUUAUUCACCCGUUGAAACAAUUGCUUGGGCUGGUUCACACAAACUCGUGUCCAUAGAUGUUGAUAAAUGGGACAAUGCAUCCACUUGGUUCUGGAUUGUUUCUCUUUAUCUUUCGUUUAUGAAGUCUGUAAAGAAAUACAAAAACUUGUCAGAGUACGGGAGUCUCGUCCUGAAGAACCAUCCGACUGAACUGAGGACUGUAAACAAAAAAAGGAGCAAUGAAAUAUUAACCUGUGCAAGAAUGCUGAUUGAUCUCAGUUAUGCCAUCAGCUACUUGCCACCGGGAACACUUUGGGGCGGUAAAUUGACUACCUGGCAGGUUGGAGCACUGGGAACUCUCUCAUCCCUCAUUGCACUGUACCAAUCACUGAGUAAAAGAAUUGCUCUAAAAAAGUAUAGCUAAAUCAAUUUUAUAAGUUUUUUUUUCACAGUUGUGAACGUUUAAGGAUCAAAGACAAGUAAAAUAGUGAUUAUGGUGAAAAAUUAUUUUUCUAUUGGUGAAGGAUUCUCGCAAUGUUAUUCUUGUAUUGUGUUUAAACAGUCCAGAGUUCGUGGAGUUCUAAUAAAUUUUAUUGGCAAUGUUUAA